AUGAGAUUCUCCGGCCUCUUCUUCGCUUCUCUUGCGACCAUCGCAGUCGCUGAGCGUUUCAACUUCUUGAGACCUUCGUCGAAUACUACGAUUGCAUCCGCAUCAGGCACCCUUGGUACUGGGGUUUUGCCUAUCCCAAGCUCUUACCUGAACGUCCUCCCACGUGUCGCCGCCGCCAAAGAAGACACCACGACAUCGACUGAAACAUCAGAAACGAAAGAUGUUGCCGCUCAGACGACGACAAAGAAGGCCGAUAACACUGCCACCCACUCUCUGACUAUUGAUGUGCUUGCAUCCUCGACGACUACCUCGGACGCUGCGAAAAAGGAAGCCAAAGCAAAGACGACGACAUCUACGACUGCAAAGGAGACAUCUGAGAAGGAAACAAAGACAGAAUCCACCACAUCGACUACCUCCAGUGUGGUCAAGAAGGUUGGAACUCCAGCUGAGAAAACCGACUCCGAAUCUUCGUCCAGCAAAGCCACGAACACUGCCAAAGCCAAAGCUGAGAGCACCAAUGAGAAGUCUGCCACAAUUACGGAGACCACGUCUAGCACGGGACUGCUGAACAAAGUCCUGACAACUCCAUCUCCAUCGUCUGAAUCCACCGAAUCCUCCAAGUCUGCCAAAUCUACUGAAGCAACCACUACCAACACCGACCUCUUGCACGCCUUGCAGAUUUUGCGCCGUGAGACUACGACUGCCUCGUCUUCGUCCUCUGAAGGCCUCUUGGCUGGCGUGCUGGGAGGCACCACUACGUCCGCAUCAUCCUCAUCGUCCUCUUCCGAGGCCUCUGACGAUGUCGAAUCCACCGUUGCGGCUUCAACAGAUACUACGGAGCCGCCAGCCACCGCCACGGCUACCGGCAAAUGGACCUCUGAAGCAGCCCAAGUCUCAACAUCUUCCACUUCCACCUCCUCGUCGGAUCACGCUUUCAACUCUGCCGCAAACGCAUUGUCAACCUCUGCUUCUUCGUCUUCAUCCACAUCCUCGAAUACCGCUCACGCAUGGACAUCUGAGCCAGCUCAGUCGUCCUCCAACGCAGCACCGAGCGGUGGAGUGAAGGUGGUCAACUACAACUCAACUAUUCCCGCCGGAACCGGCACAGCUCAUUCGAAGACGACUCUCGCAACGAUCACCACUUCCGCCAAGUCGGCCGAGCUUGCGCAAGGACAAAUCACACAAACCAUCAGCGAUGCUUUCAACGCAACUGAGACGUCGACCACGGCAUCUAGCACCGAGACCGGACUGCUCGAUGCACUGUCGUUGCCCGUCACUCUCAAGGCCAAGAGAACGGCCACUUUCGAGGCAUAA